AUGUCCAAUAACAGUACUACGACCCAUGCUACGGCGUCCGCGGGAACCGACGCGCUCCGCAACCCUAGUCCGGUGGUGCGGGCGAAUAGUAUGCGAGCUGGACUACUCAAUCGUGGAAGGACUCUCGGUAUUGGAUGCUGGAAUGUACGAACGUUCCUGGACCCUGGUUCCCAAAGUCUGACCGCACGCAGCCUUUAUCAGUACAACGUGGAUGUCUGCUGUCUGUCUGAGGUACGACUUCCUGACUCGGGCUCUCGUGAAAUAAAGAUCCCGGGAGUCGAAUCCCACUUCACCCUGUACCACAGCGGCCCCCGCGAUUCCUCUGGUCGACACGGUGUGGCGAUCGCCUUAUCACAACAAGCGGAGCUUGCGCUACUUGCUUGGGAACCAGUCAAUGACCGGAUGGCCUACGUGCGACUGAAGGGUCACUUCACGAACAUCUCCAUCGUCGCUGUGUACGCACCAACUUCGGCUGCCGAACAGCGCGAUAAAGAGGCGUUUUACUCUCAGUUGCAAGCACUAGUUGAAAGACUGCCUCGCCGCGAUCUGCUGAUUGUUGCUGGCGAUUGGAAUGGUCGAACUGGACCUGGCGACCCCACAACCAGUCAUCUUCUUGGCCGCUUUGGGCUUGGUUCUCGAUGUGAAAAUGGUGAGAGAUUGCUGAACUUCGCUGAUCGAAACCGACUGCUUGUCACCAACACAUGCUUCCAGCAUCGCAAAAAACAUCUGCUGACCUGGUAUUCAAACGACGGUCGUACGGCCAGUCAGAUUGACUACAUACUAGUCAGCUCAAGGUUCCGCAGCUGGGUUCAUGAUAGCAGAUCGAUGCGUGGUGCCGAGACUGGUAACGCCCAUGGGUCGGAUCAUGUCCUCGUCCGUACACGCCUGAAAGUUCACCUCUCAUCCGCACCACAAAUGCCACGUCCUAGACGCCUCAAUGUCGCAAAAAUCCGGCAAGCCAGCACUGCCGAGGCCCUAAGCAGAGAAAUCCGGACCUGUUUUACGGCCCGAGUCGACGGAGAAGUCAUUAACCAGUGGUCGUCACUGAAGACAUCAGUCUAUGGGGCAGCUGAGAAAAUCCUUGGAUACACCCAGCGACGCCGCAGUGACUGGAUCAGCGGAAGAACCCUGGAGUUGUCUGCUCAGACGGCUAGAGGCAGGUCCCGCAACGAUGACCAUUUCCGCCAACUUCGGAAGAUGACGGCAAAAUCGGCCAGGGAUGACCGGAAACAAUAUUGGGCUGAAAUAGCGACAUCCAUGGAACAGGCCUCGAACGUUGGUGACACUCGAAAGCUCUACCGUCUGAUCCGCCAAGUUAGCGGUAAGCCCUCUACACUGAGUGACUCUGUUCGCGAUGUGAACGGCGGCUUUAUUGCUGACAACUCAGCCAAAGUCGAGCGCUGGCGUGAGCACUUUGAGCACCAUCUCAACUUCGAUACCCAACCUACAUCGCCCUUGUUCUCCUCCUCAGCGGAGUUUCUUCCCUCUCCUACCUAUGCAGUGCCAUGCGAUCCCCCCUCCGAGGAAGAAGUCGCCGAUGCCAUACGAAAGUUGCGCAACAAUAAGGCACCCGGAGAGGACGGUAUACCCGCUGAAAUCUUUAAGUCUUGUGUCGACACUCUGGCGCCCUGGCUCCAUGAGGUGAUUGAAAGCGCGUGGAGAGACGAAGUUGUUCCUGAUGACUGGGGCUUAGGCAUCCUUGUACCUAUCCUCAAGAUUGGGAGAUAAGACGAGAUGCGAGAACUACCGCUGCAUUAGUCUCAUCGACGUUGCUGCGAAGAUCUUCGCUAUUGUCCUACUCGGACGAUUCCAGGCUGUGCGUGACUCAAGGACGAGGCCCAACCAAGCCGGAUUUCGUGCUGGACGUGGAUGCGCAGAUCAGAUAUUCACACUGAGGCGCAUUCUCGAAUUUCGCCAUAGCUACCAACAACCGACGGCCGUCUGCUUCGUUGACUUUGCCGCCGCGUUCGAUUCCGUUCACCGUGAGUCCCUGUGGCGGAUAAUGGCGCUAGAUGGUGUACCGGCCAAAAUCAUCGCCAUGAUCAAGGCCUACUAUCGUUCCACUACUGCGAGAGUCCUGGUCCGUAACAAUUUUUCCCAACCGUUCGGUAUUCGGUCUUGCGUCCGACAGGGUUGUAUACUCUCACCCAUACUGUUCAACUACGCUAUUGACUGGAUCCUCGGGAGGGCCCUACGCGACAGUGACGGUAUUGAAUUUGCACCCGGACAUCGACUGACUGAUCUCGACUAUGCCGAUGAUAUCGCCUUACUUGCUUCAAGUUUUGGUGAUCUGCAGUCUAUGGUGUCACGAGUGAACGAGGUCGCUAAAUCAGUCGGUAUGUCCAUAAACGCUGGGAAGACCAAAGUAUUCUCAAGCUGCAUUCCUGACCAGGAGAAGGCACCCCUGGGGAUUGAUGGCUGUCAACUUGAAGAAGUGGACAGUUUUAAAUACCUCGGGGCGCGGCUGCUGCCUAAUGGACAGAGUAAGGACGACAUUGUCUCCCGAAUCGAUGCUGCCCGCUGGGUUUUUUUAAGCCUUCGGAAAUGCCUGUGGAACCGACGUGACCUCUCCAUCGCCACUAAGAUUCGCGUGUACCGUGCAUCUGUCCGGUCUGUCCUUCUCUACGGUUGUGAAUGA